UAUAUGUUCAUCGUGGUGGGCCUGAAUCUCUUCGCUCUGAAAUGGCAAUUCUUCGGGUAAGUAUUCCCUGUGUCUGUCUCGAUUUCACUCAAAGCAAGGAUACUUGCUUGAAGAACAUUCAACGAAGGCUUAUCUGCCGUGUAACAUAACCUAUCGGCGUGUGAAAACCAGCCAAUUCAGACCUUUCCGAGUAAGACGAUUGACUGCCCGGAUUCAACCGUUGGUCUGAUCCGGCGGACUUCUUGUUUAGUCAUGCGUUGAAUGAACUAGAUCAGGGGCAACCUCAUAAAUAGCAUUUAUCAAUUUGAUUGAACUAGGGCGAGUUCUGAAUUGCAAGCAAAAACAAUCACAUCAAGUGUUCUGUUCAGUAUCGAGUUCAGAUCCAAGGUAGGAUGACAUCUGUACGGAAAGGAGAAAUCCUCUUUAACACAAGGAGCAGAUAACUUGAUGUGACAUGGCAAGGCGAGCUGUACCGAUAUUUAACACCAGUGAUCUUCAUUUCUUGUCAUUUAUAGGCCCUCUAAAAUAAGAGCUGCAGUAUUAGAACGGAGAAAACCAUUUAAACUUAUUAGCCAUUUGAAAGAAUCGCUUAACUGCCAGUUGCACUGUUGACACAAAUUCAGAUGAACUUACGGCGGGCGUGAGGUUUUUGUUUGAAUCUCGGCACCCCUCACUUUCAAAGAUCAUUGGUGAUGACGAGAAGAGGUUUUAACACUUUUUAAUCAAUCAUUGAAAAGCUAUUGAGAUAGGAGCGCACGGGAUCCAAAUGGACAGUAAUCUCGGUGAGGGCUUUCCUAUUAGACUACCACUGUUCUUUGCUAAACAACUUGUAUCUCUUGUUAGUCCAACAAGGAGCAGAGGAUCAAGAUUGCAGAGUUGAACCCGUUCAUAACGUGUGAACUAUGCAAGGGAUAUUUGAUCAAGCCAACAACCAUUGCCGAGUGUUUACACACAUGUAGGUAGAAACAGUAGUAGGGAUGUGUGUAUGACUACUUUUUUAAAAUCCUCACAUGUCGACAGGAUCUUUCAAUGGUCGCCCUUGGGCGUUGAAAGAUCCAGGGAUUACAGCUCUGGAAACUGGUCAGGAUCGCAAUUCCGUUCUGCUGUUAUGCCCCAAGGCCGGCCAGAUGUUCAUUUAUUAUGCACGCUCGUCAAACUCUAUUUAUUUUGUUAUUAGUUUAACUCAGUGACGCCAAGCAUUUAGACGCUUAUAAAUAACACGCUGUCAUUCUGCGUGGCACGCGCGUAGACAAUGCGAAGAGGCUUUUGUCUUCUAUUCUUCGCACAAUCUCGUCCUCGGGAGAGAGUCUGCGAGCCAAAGAUUGAAAAAUUAGUCUUUCACACUGGCCAAUUAUCGAAUAGCCCGAUUUAUUCACGAAAUAAGCCAACCGGUUGACAGGUCCCAAGCGAUUUCUUUCGCACUUCACAGAGCGUGAUUAAAUUUAAUUACUUUCAACUAAAGAACAUUUACUUUAAAGAGUUAGCUUCGUUUUGCAUACUAAGCACGUUAAAUAUUAUUUCGGUAGUAUUCUCCUCGAAAACCUUUUGCGCACUUUUUUUUUUCAGCGGGAAAUCCCAAGAUUUGUGGUUUAUUUGUGGCUAAACUCGCGGCGUUAUUAAUUUUCGUCGCCAUUUGAAACGGGAAGACUCCCUGCUGGGAUAAAAUUGUACAAUAUUAAUGAGACCCCUGCGGUUUUGUAUUUGUUUGUACAAAUAAUCUUGAAUUUUAAGUUAUGAAAUCCUUGUUUCACCAUAAAGCGAAAUUGGCGGCGACUAGGAACACCGUAAACGUUUUCUUUCUUGCCAGUGGUAUUGACAAAGGCGCAGAGUGAUUUCAAGUUAUCCACGAGAGAUUAAUUUCAUUCAUAUGUGAAGUGCACUCCACAAGUCACAACAGGAAGGCCUAAUGUCGUCUUUCAAGGCUGAACAAUGCGAUAACAAAGUGCGAUAACGUUAUCAUUAAUGUAAACAUCUUGUAUUCAAUAGAUUAAGGCUAGGACUGGCUUGCUGUUGCAUAAAAUCAGUCAAAAGACUUCGUUUCGAGCUAACUUAUAAACAAUUUUAGGCAUUUUCAAGGUCAACCUUUAAACAUGAGGUAGAUUACGUACCCUGCAAAAAUGAUAAUUCGUUCCGUUGCUCAGAUGCUUCAGUUUUUAAGUGAUCUCAGGCCAAUUCUUUAAGAAAUUAAUUCCUCGACUGUCAAAAAAUGUAACCUUUCCGGUGCGCUCAAUUGUAUAAACAGACUUUACGUUUCCCGGAAAUUAUUUAGAUGGUCUUCGUUUGGGGGUAGAGAUUCAGCCCAAACAAAAGGAAAACGUUGCGUCUUUCUGUUAUUGAAUUUCUCCGUGGGGGAGACAGGUCAAGCAGAGGCAUGUCGACUGGCUUAACAAUUCUUUAUCUCCUCAAAACGAAAUCCUUUCAUUAGAUUAUGACCCUGGUGUUAAGACAUCAAUAAUAAGGGAGUACAUCAUAUUUAACCCUUUAACUCCCACAAUUCUCCUUACAGUCAACCAUACAAUUCUUAUAAUGUUAAUUCAAAGAAUUUAGUAUUGGAUCAACUAAUUAUCCCCAAAUUGAUGUUUUUCUCUAUUCUCAUCACUUACCUGGUUAAUAUUGUAUUGAUAUUGUAAGGAGAAAUUCAGUCUUGGUCACUCAUGGGAGUUAAAGGGUUAAAGGCAAAACUGCUGAAUAACUCUGAAUCUGAUGAAGAAAAAGGGGCACCUUCACUACAAUAGAAAACAUCACAGCGCACAUUGUUUUUGGCGGAGCAAUUAAAACUUAAUAAGAAAUAAUUACUUAAAACAUUUAACCCACUAUUAUCACACGCGAGAGAAGAGAGAAGAAACUACGCUGUUUUCGUUUUUUUCUGUACGGAUCCAAAUUAAAAACUAUGCUUUUUUCAAUGAAAUAUCAUCAUAACUCAUCGUUAAAAGACCUCAUGAAGAGAAUGAAUACCAUUUUAAUUGCCUUUCUCUAUUUGACGACUUGAUUGAUAAAAUAAAUAAUCUUAUUGUGUCUCGUUUUUAUCAGAUAUUACAAAAGUUUAUUGUACGUAGCGGUGAGGGAUCUUUUGUUUCCAAACAAACUGGAGAAUGUAAAACAAAAAGGAAACAAAGCGGAAACGUGCGCGCCUCUAUAAGUGUGAAAUCAAGGCAACAGAAAGAAACAUCAACCAUGUCUGCAAUAUUUCUGUUUCUCUGGCGCUGUUAGAGAAACGCAAUUGUUAGAGUCAAGAGUUUUCAAGUCAAACAGAUUACAAGAAUGUUUAAACCAUCACGCACUACACCGCUGUUCAGCAAAUAAAUGAUGAGUUUUAACAAGAGAGGAUACUUUAUAUUCUCCUAGUUUUACUCAGUGCAUUUAUCAGCGAAUAAGGUUGAAAAUGAGUGAAUAACCUCGUACUAUUUUUUCAGCGAAUGACUUAAAUUUGACGAUGAAAAAUGAAAUAUAAAAGAUCUUCCUUUGUCAGCAGUCUUCCUGAAUGUACAGUUUCUGUUUCUCAAGUAAAUUUACUCGGGUGUUUUUAAACUCAUUCAUAUAUAUUUAGCCGACGCUUUCGAAAGUGUCAUCGGAUUUAGUGCCCUUUUCUGAGAAUACGUGGAUAAUAUUUCGACGAGCUUCAUCUGGUGUUUGCACUAGCAGUUUCUAAUCCUCUUAAGAGGGAUUUGUCCCAUUUUCUGUGGUAGCAGCAGGUGUAGUCUUAAAUACGGGUGCGGGAUAAAUUUGGUGAAAAAUUGCCAAUUUAUGUUUGUUCUCAAGUAUUUUGUUAUCAAAGGUCCUGGAUUAGGAUGUGGGAUUAUGAAUUAUCCUGUCUUCAAUUUUUUUCUUUCUUCUUUUCCGACCCAUAAUGAUUUCCAGUGCUCGUGUUACAACUGUAAUCAAAGAUUUUCGAUUGCCUUCGGGGCUUUCGGUCCGAGACCUCAUUACCUCUAAAAAAAAAACAUGAUAGCGUGCGAUGAAAACUGAAUAAAGAUUCAAUCGAAAUUCUAAACAACACAUGUUUUAAAAAUUUUGGUCGUCCGCUGGCGUCAAUUACUUGUUGUAGAACGUCCAUGCGCCAAAUAUGAAAGCGAAAAUGAAAAUAUUAAUUUGGGACGGAAAACAAAAAGCGGAAGAGAAGUUGCGUCUUGUUAUUUAUGACAUUCAGCUUAAUUUCUGAGGCAUUUUGGUAUCUUUGAAAGACAAUAUAGUAUUUUGAUUUUCCUCUUCCUAGGAAAUUUGCGAUUUCAUUUCCCUUUAUUGCUGGGAAGGGGUGUGUGGGGUGGGCAAGUGACUGAUCUCCUCGCCUUUCCUUCGUUGGAGGGAGUAACAUACCCAACAGUGAAAUAACACAAUCAAAAGGGAUGUGAAGAUUGACUCUCUCAGUCUUUUGUGUGAGACCAAUCGGGAAAAAACAAUAAAGGUUUCGAUUAAAGAUUUGAAAGGCUGACCCUUUGAUUUGAAAGGCUGACCGUUUGAGGUCUGUGACGGAACUUACUGGAAAAUCAUACUAAACAACUGAGCUGCAGGGAACUCAUGACUACCUUAGGACAACAGCAAAGGACAGGAAGCCCGUUAAUUAUAUUAAAGUGUUUAUUAAAUGUACAUUGGAGUAUUCAUGACCCACCAUCGGAAAGCUUUGCUCUUUGAUGUUAUACCAUUCUAAUUUACAAACUGUUCUAAGGAAAGGCUCAGUAACUGCUAAACUUUACUUUUUUCCAGGGAGUCGUCUGAUUUCAGAGACUAGAUAUAAUUUUUUUCCGAGAAAACAGUUAAUUUCUCCUAGUUAUGUUACAUAUAACUUUCAUAACCCUUUGGGGGAGUUUCCGCCCAUCACAUGCGUUUCCGCUAACACUGAUGAGGGAAACAUUUAUUUCUAGGAAAGCAAUAAUUACCUCAUUAAAUAUAUAUAACGGAAUUCGAGGAAUUUCUAGAACCUCACUUCUAGGUUUGAACCAUGUUUUCCAAGAAAAAUAUUUUUUGGUAUUAAACUCCUCAGUGCCUGUAGCUAUUAGAACUCAUAAAACAGAAACUAUCCAUAAUGAUGCCAUAUAUUCUGCUGUUGAUUCCUUUUCUAUAAUCGCUGAUCCUGGUGACUAUUUUUAUAGUCAACCCAAACCAUCAAAAGCGAUGACUAUACAACUCCGCCCUUCAAUUUACAAAUACAUCAGUACUGGCAACAUCUGGUCUUCUCCUGAGAGAAUACAUUGUUGUCUCAACUUCAUUAAAGCCUUACAAAUUUUAACCUACUCUCCUUCUCCGAAAAAGGAGGAUGUUUUCUUUCUUUUCUUUUGAUACCCGUCUAGCGUCUUACCCGCUACGGAAGGGGACCAGGGUAAUCUCAAUUUUACUUCGGGCAAGGGUCUACGGCUACACCUAGGCAGGCCGCAUUUUCUUUGUUCACUCAGACAUAUGCACGAUCUACAGUCUUUGAUUAUGUUGUUCUGUCUUGUCAGUCUGCAGAAGUUGCAUUGUGCAGAAUCUUCAAGACAACGAGGAAAAUAUCUGCCCGAAGUGUUCCACGGUUAUUCAUGAAACCAACCCAUUUGAGAUGCUAAGGUAGGACAGUAUUUGUACAAACCGGUGAUGUACUUUCCCACAGGAACUUUAAAAAUAUUCGGCUAGACCUUGAUUUUAUUAGUUAUAGUGUUAUUGCCCCAACCCACAGUAGGAAUAACUAGCUGUUUCCACUUUUGGUCGUGAUUAACCAGGCGUAGCAACAGGCGUAAAUUGGGUGACGAGGGAAACUCCCACUGUUUCCAUAAUUCACUCCUUUCUUAUUUGUACUCCCCUCCUUCGCUUUCCAUUCAGGGAAAGUACCAGGAAGUAGACGUAUUGGUUUAUCCGCCUAACUCGCGUAUAGGAAAUUAAUUUGACAAGUAGUGCACACGAGCUCAGCUGUCUCUUGAUUCUCUUUGGCUCUGUAAUAUUUGGACAAUAAAAAGUAAAAAACUUUGGAUUACCACUCUCCUUGCUAUAGUUUUCAGUUGAAUUCUACCUGUGGUGUGUGAAAGUACAUCGAACUCUUUUGCACCAGCGGGUAUGGUUUCAGCUGAGAAUAAAUUGGAGAACUGAAACAAAUCUAAUUCAGUACGCCGUUCUCAACUGACGUAACUUGUAAAUGAGGAAAAUACGAGAACGGCCAAAAACAGCUCGAUCUAGAAAAUUCCAUUCUUUUUUUUUUAUCCUUACAUGGGCAAAAUCACCCUUAUGAAGCGUCGAUUGAAAUAACACCUAAUUAGCUUUCGUCUGAGUAGUUAAUCCACACCCUUGCUGUACAACUGAAAAUUCAAAUCGACCUAUUGAGCGUUGAAGCGUGACCGCCUGUCAGCACUUUUCACCUGAGAUAGGAGUGUUCAGUGUGCAAACAUGCCACAGCUUUAGCCAUGUAACACAGCUUUGUUAGAAACAGAAUUUGGACAGUCUAAUACGAAAUAGCAUGGGGGAGAGAAACGGUUAUUAGGGCCUCUUUUACUAUUAGUCAAGAGUAGAUUUACUGAUUAGAUAGCUGACCUUAAAACCUAACAGGCUGGAAACCUUGGUAAAAUCAUGUUUCUUUAUACAUCAUCAUUCUCAGUAAAUCUGCUUAAAUUUGGACAUCUAUUACAUGCCUCCCCCUAUAAAGUGCGUGUUUUGGCAUAUAAAUAGUUACAGCUAAUUUUUUUGCGGAAGUCGUUUAAUUGCCUGCCCUCAAGAAAGUUCCUUUUUGUGACGGAGAUCGUAUUGUGUGCGAAACUAGUUUUUACCGCUCUGCCUUUGUGUGGGUUUCAAUCAAAGGAUAUCCGUUGGUUAUGGGUUUUCCUGGUCAGACAGAAUUUGAAUGAAAGCAUCACUAAUUUGUGCCUUGUUUAUUUGUCUUGAUCCCAACCGUCUUCAAAUCUUUUUCACGCUCACGGAGAAUUUUAUCAGGUGUACCAGCCAAAAAAGGAAGAAGAUUGUGAGCAAAAUAUAUCAUACCGACUUUCAACGUGGAAAUAAACAUAAUAUCGUUCCACAUAUAAAUACAUUAAUAAUUUACUCUAAUCUGGGAAACUUCUUUCUUCCAACAAAAUUAUUCGAAGUCUUCUCAGCCCAGUAAAAUGUUUUGGGAAAAUGUCGUGGCUAGGGUUAGCCUAACCUAAGCUGAGCUUCGUCUCGAGAUGCCUGCUCGCGUUGUUCAAAUCAUCCUGGCGAUCGAAAUUUUGGGGCUGAGCUCUUUUUCUUCGUAUGUUUUUAUUUGAGCUCACUUUGAGAUAUUUACUCAGAUCAUAUUCUCAAAUUUCUUCUCUUUUUAUGCAGAUCAGACCAAAUGUUAGAGGAUAUUAUCUUCAAAUUGGUGCCAGGACUACAAGAAAGUAAGGAAUGAUGUAAAUUUGUGCGUUUUAUAUCCUUCGACACUUCAUUUUCUUCCUGCUAUCAGCUCCCCUUUCCCUUCUACUUCUCCACUUUCUACUUUUUCCCGCGCUUUUUUAUCUCUUUACGCGACGUGCACCAUGGAAAAGCAAGUAUUUUUCAUUCCACCAGCGCAUGGUUUCUUCCAAACCUCUGAAUUUCUCAGAAAUGUACCUUUGUUUUCAUCGAAAUUAUCGCAGUUUCAAGGCUAGGUUUCUAAUGUUUUUCCUUGUGGGAAGUUUUGGUAUCGUUACAUAAUAACGAAACUAUUCCUCGACACGAAACGUCUUCUCACCAUCAGCGUUCUCAGUUUUCAAUCGAAAUAAAACCCCAGAUUUUAAGUUGCCUUGCAGUUUCGAUCAAACGAUCGAAUUUCAGAAUUUUUUAGCGUUAACACAACAGCUUCAUAGGUGUUCCUUGUUCUUCCCGUUUCUUAGCAACCCUACAAAGGAAGUGAGCAGUUUCGUUUUCCCUUUCAGCGAGGAUCACGAAAACAGGAGCUUCUCGGGUCCUUAUUUGCAUUGAAGCUGUUUAUUGUGACGCUUGCAUUGUUUACUUAAAAAUAGAAACGACUUCCCCUGUUAUUAUUUUAAACGGUUGAGUGGUCAAGCAAAUUUGUGAUUCCGCCUACAGACUGAUUGGGAUGGCGUGACAUUAUGAAUCAUAUCCUGUUACUAUGUUUGCUGGUGACUGUUGAAAGCGUCCCCUUCACUUUCUAAAACAGUUUCGCGGAAUCGUCGCCACAACUUUUCGAAAACCUCCCGCUUUCGCAUUUCCAAGAGCGUGAAGAUCGAUUUCUAAGAAAGGCAAUUAUCACAACCUAGUCGUUGUUAAACAGAAGUAUUGGGAAACUGAAUGUUACUUUGCUGGAUUUUCUCGACAACAUAUCGAACAUUUUACCUUUUGAAAUCAACCAAAAACAAACCAGCUGUAUUAUUGCUGAAGCUGUUGUUUUGAUUUGCAUAAUUGCAAGAUUGAACUUGAAAACACCGGAAGACGUUUGGAUUCGACAUCGGGGAAACCCCCCUUUGCGUCCGUUCGCCUGAUUGGCUGAUAUAAAUAGGCAGAAAACUUCCUUAUUUUCCCUCUUAGCCAAACUCAAAUUUCACUUCGAUUUAUAAAAGGAAGACGUAAGACUCCGAUGCAUUCGAAGAGUAAAUCGCGCAUGAAAUAACUUAUCCGCAAAGGUUUCAAUCCACCUUCAGUUACGAUGGAUAAGCACGAGCCUAUCGAAUUUGUCGUACUUCAGGAAAAGAUUCCGCUUGUGAAGGAGAAUAUCAAAAAAAUACGGUCACUUUUCAACGUCGAUGUCACGCUCAAAGCGAACGAUCAGAAGAGUGGACAACGAUGGAUUUGCCUUCAAGGAAACGACGCAGAACUUCAGAGGAAGGCACAGACCUACAUUAAAUCUCUAUGUGGCACUAGUCAGCACCCUAUAGAAGCGCCCAUCGGCCUGUGUGAAAAGCUAAGGAAAGGUAAUUUGGGUAUGGAGGUUGAAAAGCUUACAGGCGCAGUACUGUCGUUUAAUGACACAACGGUGUACGUCCAAAGUGAUGAUAGUUUAGUCACAGUCUUGGCAGUCUCUGAAAUUGAGCGACAUAUCGCGAAUUUCAAGAAAGAAGCUAAAAUUGGCGUCGCUUCGAGAAAAUGUGACCCUGCCGCUGUACCGGAUUCCGCCGUGAACAUUCCAGAACGUUCUACGUCAGUUGCAACAGAUAUUCCGCCUUCCAUGAGGGAAUUCGCCUAUAAACUGAACUAUACAGACAAAGAAAUCGACGCAGUCAUAAAAACAUUCGGAACAGAGAUCAAUAUUAAUCAACUGUUACAGGAACUUGUUAAGAACACGGCGUCUGCGCAGCAGCUUGGCACCGCUCCAGAGGACACGACUUCGCUUCCUGGUUCUGUUCGAGGAAAUUGUGUGGCGCCACCUCUGCAACCGACAGAAAUGCGUCGUAAUCUGCUCGCUAGAGGCCCUCCCGCUACUCCCCCUAGAAGACCAGAGUAUCAUUACGUUCAAGAAAAAACUAGGCUGGUCCCCUCUAAUAAUUUGCGGCCCAUCGUGAUUGAUGGCAGCAAUGUGGCAAUGAGUCAUGGCAACCAAAGAGUGUUCUCGUGUCGAGGAAUACAAAUUUGCGUGGAAUACUUUCAGCGGAGAGGACAUAAAGACAUUACUGUGUUUGUACCCAUGUGGAGAACAGAAGAAUGUAGCCAAGACAGUCCGAUCAUGAACCAGGAAGUACUGCACAUUUUAUUUAGCCAAGAAAUUUUGAAGCUUACUCCAUCAAGGUCAAAUGGUAACCGUCGCAUCGUGUGUUACGAUGACAAGUAUACGGUAGAUUUGGCGGACCAAAAUGGGGGAAUAAUUGUUUCCAAUGACAAUUUCAGAGACCUCCUUGAAGAAAACCCAAGAUGGAAAGAGACAAUUGAACAGCGCACUCUGAUGUACACCUUUGUGGGGGAUCGCUUUAUGCCUCCCGACGAUCCUCUGGGAAGGAGAGGGCCCUCGCUGAAUGAUUUUCUUAGAAGAGGGUCUGCUACUCAUCCCAAAAUAUGCCCGUACCUAAAGAACUGCACUUUUGGCAAUCGUUGCAAAUACUACCACCCUGAAAGGGACACACAGCGGCAACACGGGGGAGCUUCUAUCAAAAUCUCCCCCGAGAUAACUGAACACCUAACGAACGGUACAGGGGAACUUAAUAUUACAACUCAAUCCCCAAUUACUUUGUCUACACAGCGUUGCAACAGGAACACUUUGGUAUUAGAAUCAAGAGGCAGUUUCCAGUCCCAAGUUGACAAUCGUCCUGGUCGUCCCAAUGACACUUUGUCUCGUGGCAUUUCAGCCCGCGGUGUAACUUCGCAUGAGAAUUCUUACAUUAAUAGUCGCGAGGGACCUUUAUACCCCCGCGGGUUUUACGGUGGACAUGUUUACGCGGACCAUCAUCAUCCAGUAAUUCCUGACUAUGCGCCUCCCAUGUAUCCUCCCGAUAUGAACCAAUUUCCACCGCUCGCAGCACCAUGGCCUUCAUCCCCGUAUAGUAAUCCUGCACAGUAUGCACCGUCACCGCCAAUGGGAUAUCCACAGGGGAAUCCAACGUACUGUUAUUUCGAGCCUCGUCCGCCCCCGCAAGAUAAUUUUCAGGGACCAAGACAUUCUGGGGAUCAGGUUGAUGGUAACAAAGAAAACAAAUCCCUCAGCAAAGAGGAAAUAGAAAGGCUUAGGGCCAUCUGUGACGAUGAAAAUAAAUUAGAACGCAUUCUGCGCGAUAACCCUCGAGAGCGGGAUAUUAACAAAUUAGCCCAUCUUUUAUUGGAGAACUAAAAUCUCUAAGUGAAUUAAAAUAUUAAAGACUCAAGUGUCUUUUAAAUUAAUACAUAUAUCAAUGACUGUUUAAUAUUUUUGAGUAUCGCUUCGAAUAUUACGAGAUGUAAAAAAGCGCUACAAUACUCAACAAAUUUUAACCCUUUCACUCCCAAGAUCUCAUAAGUAAUUCUCCUUUCUGUCUCCCAUACAAUUCUUAUGAUAUUAGUUAGGAGAAUUUGGGUUUGGAUCAACCAAUGAUCCCCUGAUUGAUAUUUUUCUUUAUUCUCCUUAAUUAUCUUCUUGAUAUUGUCUUGAUAUUGUUAGGAGAAAUUCUGUCAUGGUCACUCAUGGGAGUGAGAGGGUUAACAGAUUUACCCCAUGUAUAUAUUCUCAUCCUUUCACCUCUUUGAUUCCUUUGUAAUGUACAUAAUCUCUUUUCAAACUGUAUCAUAACUCUACAAUAAUAAAAACCUGAUGAAGAGUCUUAUUUGAUUGCACAAUAUACUCUUUUGUUACCGUACUCUUUUCAUUAUUUCUUCCACUUUGGGAGAACUGUGGUUAAUUUUGAGAUGUUGUAGUUAGGGUGGUUUGUCAAUACAACGGUCAUUUUAUCCCAGAAUGUUUCAACAACCACAUCGGAAACAUUAUAAAUUUUUUUCCUCGUCUUCUGGUUCUUGAAAAAUACGUGUUAGCUCGCAUGUCCUAAUUACUUUGACGUCAAUCUGACUUCAAGUCUUUUCAAAUUGUUCCGGUUAGGAAAUUGAAAGAAUUCUGCUCUCUUGUUUGCGAAAUCUUUGUUAUAUCAACGUAUCUCGUGUAGCAUAGUACUUAGUUUUUGCGUGCUUUCGGUUAAGAGAUCCGUAUUCUUCAAGAAACGCAAAACGCGGUCAAUAAAACAAUAUCUUCAAUCUGGCGAGUAGUUGAAUCCAAAGAGUCCCACUUCCGCUUUCGAUUUUGAAAUUGAAUCGUCCGGCUUUACGUGUUAAGGAACUACGCAGUUAAGUUGUUCUCAAAGAAAAAAAUGUGGCACUUGCUUGGCUCGAGGAAGAUAUUUUUAGGAAAUCAGAAACACGCCAUUGAAUUUAAGCCCUUGUCACAUUUAACCGACAAACAUCCAGCUAAGCUGUGAUGGGUAUCCUCUAUCCUCGUGAUAUUUAUGCUUGCUCAGCAGUCAGUUGGAUUGACACAACUGCAGCUUCCUUCCUCGAGCGGAAUCUAUUCUUAUUGCAUUGGAAGAAAAGGUCCAAGGACGCCUAGUUGUAACCCGAUAUCUUUUUUUCCGAUUUACCUCAAAACUCGGUUUCUUGUCGUAUUAAUUAGUGGUUUUUACUCUUUGCGUUGUGCAUUUUAUUAUUCUUCACAGGCUGAAUAUCUUGACUCUAGACGAAGAUUUUAUAUCACCUCAAUAUAUCCCCUCAGCUCUAUCAGCUAUAAGCUCAAAUAUCAUUUCUUUAAAAGCCUUUAAACCCAGGUGAAGUCCUGUCCUUCACUUGCCUCGAGAGAGUAUUGUCUCGAAGGGGGGCUUAUAUCACAAGGUUCUGCGGUUUAGAUUCCCUCACCAUUUGCUGAGUAUUUCCGUUUUAUGCCUCUCAGCGGUUUCAUCACAAUCCGUCUUAUCAUUUUUUACUAUUUCAUGAUAAUGCGCACGAGAGAGCGAUUGAAAUUGUGAUCGUUUCUGAGACCAUCAAUACCAUGACGGUGAAAUUAACACGUCAGCUUUCCCAUAAGACGUUUUGUAGUUGUCUGAGAAUGCUGAUUCAGCUAUGUGGAAAAAAUUAAAUAUUCAUAAUUAUAAACCUUGUAUAUGGUCCAGUUCGCUACCAAAUUAUCAGUAGCACAGUUGGUAAAACAUCAGGCCGUCAUUCUCAUAAGGUCUGAAGUUCGAAUUCUUACGCGGUCUUAAAAUGUUCAUCUUUGUCCCAUACUCGUAACAAUAACUAUUAAGCUUCUCUGGGUGACCAUCUAUUUGUUGACUGCCUUUAAACUAAUUUAUUGAUUUCUGUCUGUUCUUAUUAAAACAGGAGAAAGGUGUCGUUUAGAGGAAUUCAAUAAAAACGUGCGAUCAGGGAAGGAGGACAUAGGCUUGCUUAAAAACAGGCACAAAGGUACUCUUUUUGAAACAAACAACAGUUUUGGAGGGGCUUUUUGUUAAUUCUUUCAUCGCGAUUGAGCACGAUGAAAAACGUGAAUCUUAAUUUCAAGGAAUCUGACCUUUCAUAACCCUUUAACUCCCAUGAGUGACCAAGACAGAAUUUCUCCUUACAAUAUUAAUUCAAUAUCAACCAGAUAAGUGAUGAGAAUAAAGAAAAAUAUCAAUUUGAGGAUAAUUUGUUGAUCCAAUACUAAAUUCUCUGUACUAACAUUAUAAGAAUUGCAUGGUUGACAGUAAGGAGAAUUUAAAAUUUGAUCUGGGAGAUAAAGGGUUAAAUAAUUUUCUCCUCGGUCACUCUAGACUCAUUGACAGAUGAACCUCCUCAUAAGAAAUACAGAAGCCUGUCACGUAAGGUGCAACACUCAGAUGACUCGGACGGUAAACACAAUUUCCACAGAGACGAUCCACAGAUUGGUGUCUGUCUUCAAUAUCUCAGGUAUUUUACUGGGCAAUACCUUGUUUCUGAGACUAUGAAUUCAUAACACAAAGUGAUUCACUCCGAUUGCAUGAACAACUUAAGUUGUUUAAUACUAGGAGUAUAGAGGAACCUCUUCUUUGUGACACACGCUCGUUCAAGGGGCAUAAACGUUGAUUUAGAUUUAAGAUAUUCUUCUCAUAAUUUGGCAUCUGUUACUUUAAUUGAAGAGAAACCUCUAUCUGGGAAACUCUUUUCUAGUCCGGAGAAAUCUUUUAAGUAACGUAAUUGCUCUUGGCUUCUCACAUUCUUUUUUCCUUAUUAUUUCUCUUAUCUCAUUUUUAACCUUUGAUAGUCGCCCUUAUGGCAGUUCUUACUGAAACGACCCGAGUUCGAUUCUCCAAACGAGGAGUUGAACUUGUUUCAGGUUCUUGUCCAAGAUCUGAGAGUUUUUCUUCAGGCUUUCAGGUCCUCCUCCCUUCACAAAAGCGAGAUGGAGUUGGAAACAGUGAACAUGAAGAGCCACCUUAGAGAAGUCCACUGUUACUUCCAAUUCAUCCAAUCCCAUUUAUAUCCAUUGAGCAAUCACGCUAACUCUGUUUUCACCUUUGCAGGGACUGUAUCGAUGAUGGAUCAGAAUGCGGCGAAGCAAAACCUGACUCUGGAAACAUAGAAUCCCAGAAACUAUCCGAAAGGUGCAAAAAACUAUCUUGUUAUUUUAAAGAAAAUACGUAAAAUCGCCAUAUGUGGGCGGACUGCGGAGUAAAAUAUCUCAUUUUGAUUGUGGAGGGCGAGUCUCAACUUGGGUGUGGAAAAUGAUAUGUUUUGGUCUGAUACAGGGCGAGGACUUGAAGAAGGGACGGCACACCCUUGCUAAGAAUUUCAAGGACGAUACCCUCUCCCACCACUCCUCCCCGGAUAGAUAGCCUAUUUGGUUUCAUUGCGGGAACAGAAUAUCUGCCUGAUAUCUAUCAUUCUGUUUUCUUUAAUCUCACUAACUGUGGUUGCUCUUUUUAUAGAUCCAGAGAAGAGUCGAAUUUAAAUGGUCCGAUGUGGGAACUCGUUAGGAAAUACAUCAGAUGCUCGUCAAGAACAACAAUCGGUCACAUCAAGAAAUAUCUAAAGCUCAAGUUAAAUCUUUCAGCUGUCGAUCAGGUAUAAAAUUGGCUAUUGACCUUGGAAAACAACUAAGCAGUAAACUUCAAAAGUUCGUCAGUGAUCUUCCGCUAAAUAAACUUCAAAAGUUCGUCAGUGAUCUUCCGCUAAAUAACUGGCAAAUCUUCCUUUUAGAUGCUUCACAUUUGCUCAAUAAAAUAGUUUUAGAGAAUUUGGCAUUUUACCAAUAUAGUGCUCUCCAGCUUAGAAGUAAAUCUACUCUCAUCACCUACGUACAAGAUAAAGUAUCAAAACAGUGGGGAGAAGUAGAGUGUUAAUCAGUCUGGCUACACGUUCGCCGAACCUAUGCCCUCUCGUUAAAUUAUCUUGCUCCUUAAAUUUCCACUGAUGGUGUGAAUCAGAAACAUAUCAUGGUUCCUUCAGAGUUGCCUUUUACUUGAUUAAAAGAAAAAAAAGACCUUAUUUUAAAAACGCAAUGCGUUUAAUUGCUGUCCUUAACAGGUUGAAGUGAUGUGCAACGGAGAAAUCAUGGGUAAAGAUCACACUCUAGAGUUCGUUUUCAUGACAAGAUGGAGGGUGAAGGCAAGUAGAACUCAUCAAAAUGAAUUUUAUUCUGAAAUAAUGGUCGUACAUUGUGAGAGCCUGGUUUUUGGAUUAUCCUAUGCACGUGUUACAUUGUGUUGUGUGUGCGUGAGACAGGGUUGGCGAAUUGAACACCGCGUAAAAAUAGAAAAGGCUAGUGCACAAUCUCCUGGACCCAGUUGUUCGAAGGCCGAUUUUUGCUAACCCAAGGUUAAAUUUUCAUCCAGGUUUCUUCAUUCCUUUAUUCAAAAGCCUUUUUUUCUGUAUCCUUUUUAGAGCAUCCAAUAACCUUAUCCUAGACUGAAUUUUCUUUGAAAGUUUUCAGAUUUUAAAUAAGAUUUCACACUAAUUCUGGGUUAACUUAACCCAGCUCUCAAUAACCCAGCCCAGGACUUGUUACGCGAGCUAUUUCGCAUGUUUUCUCGUUUUGUUCUCAGUGUACUGGUAUCGACGCAUCGCAGCGUCAAUGCGAAAUAUCUAUACAGCGUCUCCAUAUUGGAUGCUACUCAUUUUGCGCACACGAAAAUUUCAUUGUUUACAAAUAGCUGGGGGGAAACGCGUUUCCAAAUAUGUUUUAGAUCUUUGCGACAUCGUGUCAGUCAGGUCAAAUGUAAUUACGAGGCAAUUUCUGGAUUUGGCUUCAGCGAUCACCUUUUGAGAUUUUUAGAUAAGAAUACAGAAUUCCAAUUUGUUGUACCAGUUAGCUUGUUUUUUAUAAAGGGUCUUGACGUGAUGACAACCAUUUCAUGAUUUUUAGUGAAUGCUUCUAUCUUUGCAUAACUUAACUAGUUAACACUUUCUCCCAAAGAUAACUUUAACUUUUUUCUCCUUUCACAGGACAGUACAAUUUUAACCCUCCAGUACCGACCUAAACUGGAUUUUUUAUGACAAUUGAAUAAAAGAUUUUAGUUAAAAACAGAGAACACUCUGAUUAACAUGUAACCUUUUCUUAGACAAAUUCAAGCCAUAUUCACCAAACAAGUCUCAAGAAUAGAAAAAUUGGCCAGCUCCAGUGUUUGUCUUGAUUUCUCUUUUACUUCACAUCACUCUUUACCAAUUCACAAGGAAAUGCAGCUGAAAGGAAAAUUGAUUAUUAGCUGUUUACAGUUUAAAGGUUAAUGUAGUUUGUUUUUUCUUUAGAAAUCAUAAGUUAUUUAUUUUAUUAGUUCAGAGAAAGAGGGAAAAACCCAAACUUUAAUCUUCCUCUGAAAAGGGCGGAGGGAGGAGGCUUGAACCAGUCUCCUUCCUCUAUAAAAGAUUUAGCCUGCGAGUUAAAUGGCAGAUGAUCCGAACUAGUCUUGAUGACGCUUCUAAUUGGUAGGGUUGACUAAUUUUCACGUCUUCUUGAAAAUCAGUAAUAGAUGAAACGUCAUCUUGAAUGAUUUCCCCUUCCAGCCAAUUGCGCUUCUUGAAGAACGAUUUGCUGGCCCCAACUUUUUACUACCGCAAUGAAACUCCACCAGUUCAGCGGUACCUUUUCACUCCCGAGAUUUCAUCAGUAAUUCUCCUUACUGGCUGCAAUACAGCUCAUAUGAUGUGAGUUUGGCAAUUUCCUAGUGGAUCAACAAGUAAUGCCAUAUUUGACGUUUUUCUAUAUUCUUAUCACUUGUUUGCUUGAUAUUGUAUUGAUAUUGUAAGGAGAAAUUCUGUCUUAGUCACCCAUGGAAGUUAGGAACUUAAGAAGGGUGUUCAUUUCGUUGAGUUGAACACAUGGUUAACUUCUUUACAUUAUCUCGUUGUGUUUUACUUUGUAACUUCGAGAAAUCCUACAUUUGCUGACAAGAAAUUUUCAAUCCUGUCACCUUAUAGUUUCAUUGCUUAUACGGCGACUUUUGUUUAUUUAUUUGUUUGUUAUGUUUUGAAGUUUGGUAGUUUGAAUUACGUUAGCUGCAACUUUUCGUACGGGUUAUUAAACCAAGCGCUCUAUUUUCGACUAAAUAUAUUUCUAAGAGCAUUGUUCUCUUUAAACGACAAUAGGAAUUUGAUCUUAAUAUAGCAAUUAAGGAACUGCAAGUCGAUUCUAAAUAUCGUAUCUCGUUGUCUGUUCCAAUAUGUCAGACGUAUGUAGUAAGAUCGAAUCAAUAUUAGUUUGUUCUCAAUUAGAUAUUGUAAAUACUGUAUAUGGGCAUGUAAUGUUUUUGUAAAAAAAAAAAACCCAGUAUUAAACUAAUAUAAAGAUAUC